AUGAAGAUUACCUCCCAUCAUCUGAUGAUAAGCAGUCUUGUUUUCAGGUCCAACCUCAGGCUGAUCCCGCUUCUGCUGCUGUUUCUUGGUCACUCUCGCGGGAUGCCACACGUUUUAAGAUUUGGAGGAAUAUUUGAAUCCAUUGAGAGCGGCCCUUCCGGACCAGAGGAACUAGCCUUUAAAUUUGCCUUGAACACAAUCAACAGGAACCGCACCUUGCUCCCUAACACCACGCUGACCUAUGACAUCCAGAGAAUAAACAUCUUUGACAGCUUUGAAGCCUCCAGGAAAGCAUGUGAUCAGCUUUCCCUCGGGGUGGCGGCCAUUUUUGGACCCUCACACAGCUCAUCGGCCAAUGCAGUCCAAUCCAUCUGCAAUGCUCUGGGCGUGCCCCACGUCCAGACCAAAUGGAAGCAUCAAGUGUCAGACAACAGGGAUUCGUACUAUGUCAGCCUGUUUCCCGACUUCUCCUCCUUCAGUCGAGCCAUCCUCGACCUGGUGCACUUCUUCAAGUGGAGAACAGUCACUGUGGUGUAUGACGACAGCACAGGUCUGAUUCGACUGCAGGAGUUGAUCAAGGCACCGUCACGAUACAACAUUCGUUUGAAGAUCCGACAGCUGCCCACGGAGAGCAAAGAUGCCAAGCCACUUCUGAAGGAGAUGAAGAAGGCAAAGGAGUUCCAUGUCAUCUUUGAUUGUGGACACGAGAUGGCUGCCUGGAUCCUGAAACAGGCCCUGGCCAUGGGUAUGAUGACAGAGUACUACCAUUAUAUUUUUACUACCCUGGACCUUUUUGCUCUCGACAUGGAGCCCUAUCGGUACAGCGGGGUCAACAUGACUGGGUUUCAACUCCUCAACACAGAAAGCGCUCAGGUGUCGUCAAUCAUCGAGAAGUGGUCAAUGGAGCGGCUACAAGCCCCACCCAAACCGGACUCAGGCCUGCUGGAUGGAUUCAUGACAACAGAUGCAGCACUGAUGUACGACGCCGUGCAUGUGGUGGCGGUGGCGGUGCAGCAAUCACAGCAGAUCACCGUCAGCUCUCUGCAGUGUAAUCGCCACAAGCCGUGGCGCUUCGGAGGACGCUUCAUCAGCCUCAUCAAAGAGGCGAACUGGGACGGUUUGACAGGACGUGUUCUCUUCAACAAGUCCAAUGGACUGAGGACAGAUUUCGACCUGGAUGUCAUCAGUCUGAAGGAGGAUGGGCUGGAAAAGAUUGGAACAUGGGAUCCUCCCAGCGGUCUGAAUAUGACAGAGUCUCACAAAAGCAAGACAUCCAACAUCACAGAUUCUUUGGCCAACAAAUCCCUACGUGUAUCCACCAUCCUGGAGGAGCCAUAUGUGAUGUUUAAGAAGUCAGACAAGCCUCUGUAUGGGAAUGACCGUUUUGAGGGCUACUGUAUCGACCUGCUGAGGGAGCUCUCUGGCAUCCUAGGCUUCCACUACGAGGUGCGCUUGGUGGAAGAUGGGAAGUAUGGAGCGCUGGAUGAGAGCACGGGCCAAUGGAACGGCAUGGUGCGGGAGCUAAUGGACCAUAAAGCAGACCUGGCAGUGUCUCCUCUGGCCAUCACCUACGUCAGGGAGAAGGUCAUCGACUUCUCCAAGCCCUUCAUGACGCUGGGGAUAAGUAUCCUGUACCGCAAGCCCAACGGCACCAACCCUGGGGUCUUCUCCUUCCUCAACCCCCUCUCCCCCGAUAUCUGGAUGUAUAUUCUGCUGGCUUGCUUGGGUGUCAGUUGUGUGCUGUUUGUCAUAGCCAGGUUUAGCCCUUACGAGUGGUACAACCCGCAUCCAUGCAACCCAGACUCGGAUGUAGUGGAAAACAAUUUUACGCUGCUCAAUAGUUUCUGGUUUGGAGUUGGGGCUCUCAUGCAGCAAGGCUCAGAGCUCAUGCCCAAGGCCUUGUCGACACGAAUAGUGGGAGGCAUUUGGUGGUUCUUCACCCUCAUCAUCAUUUCCUCCUAUACGGCCAACUUGGCUGCCUUCCUGACUGUGGAGAGGAUGGAGUCGCCCAUAGACUCGGCCGAUGACCUGGCCAAGCAAACUAAAAUCCUGUACGGGGUGGUGGAGGACGGUGCCACCAUGACUUUCUUCAAGAAAACAAAAAUCUCCACCUACGACAAGAUGUGGGAAUUCAUGAACAAUAGAAGGCAAUCUGUGAUGGUCAAGAACGUGGAUGAGGGCAUCCAGCGCGCCUUGACUUCAGACUACGCCUUCCUCAUGGAGUCCACCACCAUCGAGUUUGUCACCCAGCGCAACUGCAACCUCACAAAGGUUGGAGGCCUCAUAGACUCCAGAGCCUACGGAGUGGGAACACCUAUGGGAUCUCCGUACAGAGACAAGAUCACGAUAGCCAUCCUGCAGCUCCAGGAGGAAGGGAAGCUGCACAUGAUGAAGGAGAAGUGGUGGAGAGGAAACGGCUGUCCGGAGGAGGAGAGCAAGGAGGCCAGCGCUCUGGGGGUGCAGAACAUCGGCGGGAUCUUCAUCGUGCUGGCAGCAGGGCUGGUGCUGUCGGUGUUUGUGGCCGUCGGGGAGGUGCUUUACAAGUCUAAGCAGAACGCCCAGCUGGAAAAGCUAACAUUGGCAGGUGAUCGAUCCUUCUGCAGCGCCAUGAUGGAUGAGCUGCGCGUGUCUCUGAAGCGCCAACGUCGUCUCAAACAGAAGCCUCAGCCGCCCGCCAUUGUUAAGACAGAGGAGGUCAUCAACAUGCACACAUUCAACGACCGCAGACUCCCAGGAAAGGAAACCAUGGCAUGAACGUUAAGCAUACCCCGAACACACACCAUGACUAAAACCCAUGGAGGGGAGACGGGGUCAAAUUAAUGCUGACUUAAUCACAGACUGAGGUUAGCAGUCAAAACAGGAUUCCCUUUUGGACCCACUUGCUUAUGUAGACAGAUGUUUCCUGUGGAAAUAUAGAUACCUGAGCGAUGUCACAUCACUGUGACGUUCACUUGUUGAAGGGAGCUGGAAAGGAUCUUGAAAGUAUAUACAUUGAAAAGGGAUCCAAGCAGCUUUGGGUCAAAAUGUAAGUCUGGUCCACACUAGAAGUGGACUUAAACACACACACACACACACAGACACACAGACACACAGACACACACACACACUCUCUCUCUCAUCUGACACCUGUGCAGAAGGGAAAACUCUAUUGUGACAGUUACACCAGAUGUAGUUUUCUGUUGAUGUCAAAGCCCUUUUGUCUUACCUCCAUGUGUGUUUGGCCCAAUCGGUCCCUCUCGUCGGUGGCUUGAGUUUCUUUCGAAUGAUUUAAACAAACACUAAUCUCCCACCAACAAAGGGAGUGGUAGUCAGUGCCAAAUGGUUUACUAUGACCCUAUGUAUAAAAGUGAUAUUUGGUUUGGAAUCAUCAACGCUGACCUUGUUGUAUACCGAUCAUUUUCUUCUGUAAUGCCUUUCUUGUGCCAAAGUUCUGCCAUUGUGAAGAACGUUCUACCAUGCCUAAUAUUAUGUUCAAAGCCUCUACAAGCAAUGUAUACUGUCAAAGUCCUUAUUCAUGUUCGUCCUUACAUGCGGUCUGCAGUUUUCACUCUGUAUCAGUUGUUGUUUAAAAAUGCAGGAUUUCUACAAAAAUGUUUGUUUUUGUACAAGAACAAGAAGUUUUGUAGUACUUUGUAUCACGGUAGCCCCGCCUGUGGACAAAAUAUGUAGCAGAUACCAACUCAGCCCUCACAUUCUGUCAACUGGUGGCUGUGGGGCUUCAAACUCUGCUGUGUAGGGUUCAUUUCUCUCAUCAAUCAGAGAUUGAGUCUUUUUUCUGUCCGUAUCAAGCUGUACAUAAUGUCUGGGGACAAUGUGGUGGUUGUUGGUGGGUAAGAACAAUGGAACUGUAAACUAAGUGGGGCUCAAAGUAGGGAAGGAAAUAGGAAUUCUCUCAGCAAACCACUGAGGACACCAAGUGAGGUUAACUACCUGUAGCUGCGAUGAGUCACCAUGACAUACAUAGUAAAACAUGCAAAUGUUGCUCGUGUUCAAACAUAACUGUUGUUACCAAGCUACAUGUACAUGGCAGCCCUAGUAGGCCAAGUGGAAUUCAAAUUUUUCAUGGGAUCUUUGACAGUGACAAGCUCUAAAGUACUUUUAAUUCAUACGGCAAACUGCUGGACUAGAAGAGGAAAAAUGUCACUUGAUUUUAGAACAUUAUUUAAACUAGAGUGAAGAAAGGGGUUGAAAUAAUCUCAAAGAACAGGGGGAAAAAGUAUUUUGAAAAACUCAAUUUUUGACAAAAUGAAUAACUGGCUAUUUAUAACAUAAUGUCAACAGAAGGUCCAUUUAGUAGCUGAUCUGGAGCCUUUAUUCAUAUCAUACAAUCUUCAUCCGCUUCUAAAAUGUGCUCAGUUGCCAUGAAAACUUCUCAUUGCAUUCGUCCGCUUGUUGAACCGUUCCAACUCGCCAACUCUUAUCUGAUCAUGUGAUGUGAUGUGAAGCUCGAGAGCAGCGACUAAGUGGUGAGCUUGUUUCCUCACCUGAUGUUUCCAUGUGCAGGAAUGCAUUUUGAACCUCAGUGACGGGCGACCUGUGAAUGUAUGCAACGGUACAACUGCAGUAAAUGUGAUGUGGAAACGAUCAGCGGCUUCGAGGCACUUCCUGUAUGUCUCACUUUGGCUUGUUGCUUCACUUCUGUUUCCUGAAGGGGACUCGAGUGACCCAUGGGGGUGUGGUUGAUGGUCACCUGUGGGCGGAGCAGAUCACGUAUCCACUAAUUGUCUCCAGAUUGUUUCGACAAAGUGGCACAAUCACAUUUGGCCCGACGACAUGUCUUGUCCGUUCACUUCAUCUGUUGUGAAAUGACAAGCAUACUUGGUAGAUUACUUCUUCACUCCUGUCUUCUUCCACUACUCAGUUAAGCAUUGGAUCCGAUUUCAGUGACAAAAGACAACCACACACACAGUCUAAUGCAAGUCAUGACAUCUUUGCUGUACAUGAAUGGAAUGAGUCGAACACUUAUUUAAAACAUCCACGUAUGCACAUUUCAACAAUUGACAGGGAAGACAUCAUCCUGAAAAUGUGUCGCUUGUUAUUUUCCAUGCAGCUAGAUCUAGUGGUGCGAGCUGAGGAGAUUGAAUACCUGGAAACAUGUAUUAAAAACAUCUUCAGAGGCGUGGCUGUCCUAUCAAAAACAAAUACUGUGUGAGUUCAUGGAAUUUGACAUUGAUGCAAGGUUUUACAAAUAAUGUAAUUAAAAAUGUUUAAUUGUA